UCACAUGGACAAGAGAUAAAAGCCUAGGGGAACUCAUAGGUCUUGCUCCCCUCCUGCAGCAGAUGCAACAUGCAGUCUUCCUUGGCUCUCCUGAUAACCAUCCUACUGCUGCCUCUGGCACUCCCAGGGCAGCCUCAGAGCCUCAGAGAAGAGUCUACUCCCAGUUCUCUGAACUGCAGCCAGACCCAGUCAGUGCAUGAGCUGGUGCCAGGCUCUACGGGUAAGGAUGGCCUGUGCCAUUGUGUGGUUCACCUGGCCAAUGACCUCAUUCCCCUGAAGAAGCUGGAGCAGCUACAGAGUACAGCCCAGGAGCUCAUGGACAAGUAUGAUCAGGAGCUCUUGAGGGUGGCUAAUGCCAGCCUCAUACUCAAGCUUCUGGCUGACUCAGACCAGCACGAUCUCUGUGCUCUUCGUCAGGAGGUGGAUAGUCUCAAGGACCAGCUAAGAGAGUGUGAGAAGGAGAAGCAAGAAGUGGCCUCUGGACACUCUGGUCCACCCCUGCCCCCCGGCUCUUGUGACCAUGGAGGCCUCCAGAAAGUCAGCAGACCCUUUGUGGUGCAACUCAAUUGGAGAGGCUUUGCACACAAGGCAGGUACCUGGGGUCGAGACUCAGCACCCAAUCCAGACUCUUCCCUCUACUGGGUGGCCCCUAUGACUACAGACAACAGGUACUUUGACUACUACCAGAUGUACAAGUCCUAUGAUGACCUGGUAUUGAUGAAGAACUAUGAGAAGAGGUCAUUUGGCUAUGGUGAUGGCAGUGGUAACACCGUGUACGAAAACUUCAUGUACUUCAACUACUAUGGCACACGUGACAUUGCCAAGCUGAAUCUUUCCUCCAACACCCUGGUGCUACGACGCCCAUUGCCCAGCGCCACCUACAACAACCGCUUCUCUUAUGCUGGUGUGCCCUGGAAAGACUUAGAUUUUGCUGGUGAUGAGAAGGGACUGUGGGUGCUCUAUGCCACCGAGGAGAGCAAGGGAAACAUGGUUAUAAGCCGCCUCAAUACCAGCACCUUAGAAGUGGAGAAAACCUGGCAAACCAACCAGUACAAGCCAGCCAUGUCAGGAGCCUUCAUGGCCUGUGGAGUGCUGUAUGCCCUACGCCCACGGAGCACCCACCAGGAAGAGAUCUUCUAUGCUUUUGAUACCAACACUGGGCGGGAGCGCCAUCUCAGCAUCCUGCUGGAUAAGAUGCUGGAAACACUGCAUGGUAUCAAUUACUCCCCCUUGGAUCACAAGCUCUAUGUCUACAAUGAUGGCUAUCUGAUCAAUUAUGAUCUCAGCUUCCAGAUGCUGAAGCAUAAGCCAUCAAAACUGCCAGCUGAAAAGUUCUCUUGGUUUCCUAUUGCACCAAAGCCUGUCAAACCCCAAAAAACAUCUAGUCCCUGAGACCCCUGGGGCAGAGUAUUGGGAGAAGCAUAUGUCCUCCUCCUCACCCUCCAGAUGGAUCACUCCCCACACCCCCCCACAAAUGGUCAUCAGUCCUACUGAUUGAGAAGUGUUGAUUAUAUUUUUAUGAUUGAUCACUCUUUAUAAUUGACAAUUCUGUAUGACUAAUGACUCAAUCACAUUAAAGUUCUUUUUAGUAAUGGUC